AUGAGCACGUUCAAGGAAUCAGUGACAUUCAAGGAUGUGGCUGUGGUCUUCACUGAGGAGGAGCUGGGGUUGCUGGACUCUGCCCAGAGGGAGCUGUACCGAGACGUGAUGCUGGAGAACUUCAGGAACCUGGUUUCUGUGGGAGACCAAGUCCAAAGUGAGAUGGAGACUGCUCCAGAAGCAGGACCACAUGAGGAGCUUUCCUACUGGCAAAUCUGGCAACCAGUUACAAGUGACUUAACCAGGUGUCAAGGCCCCAUGACAAUUAAUUCUCAGUUCCAUAAACACGAUGAUGUAGCCUGCCACGUUGGGGCAGGUCUGUCUAUUAUUCACACAGAAGAGAAGCCUUAUCAGUGUAACGAGUGUACAAAAACCUUCAGUGAUAUCUCCAGCUUUGAUCUUCAUCAGCGAUUUCACUCAGGAGAGAAGACUCACACGUGCAGAGAAUGUGGAAAAAGCUUCCGUUAUAGCUCAGUUCUUCAUAUUCAUCAGAAAAUUCACAUGGGGCAGAAAUGCUGUAAGUGUGAUGACUGUGACAAGGAAUUCAGUCUGAACUCACAUCUGCAAACUCAUCAAAAAGUCCAUGCUGUAGAUAAACCACACAAAUAUGAGGCAUAUGACAAAGGCUUCCAUUCUAGAUUUGCAUUUAAUGUUCACUGCAAAGUCGACACAGGACAGAAACCAUAUAAUUGUGAGGAAUGUGGGAGGUCUUUCAUCUAUGCUUCACAUCUCCGGGAACAUCAGAGAAUCCACACUGGGGAGAAACCUUUCAAAUGUGACAAAUGUGGUGAGAACUUUCGUCGUAGGUCAACACUUAACAUCCAUUACAUGCUCCACACUGGAGAGAAGCCAUACAAGUGUGCUGAGUGUGGGAAAGACUUCCGUCAGUCUGCUGCCCUUAAAGUUCAUUGCAGAGUGCACACAGGAGAGAAACCUUAUAAUUGUGAGGAGUGUGGGAAGUGCUUCAUUCGUCGAUCAGAACUUAAUGUUCACUGCAAAGUCCACAAGGGAGAGAAACCUUAUAAUUGUGAGGAAUGUGGCAGGGCCUUCAUUCAGGCAUCACGUUUCCGGGAGCAUCAGAGAAUCCACACUGGGGAGAAACCAUUCAAAUGUGAUACGUGUGGUAAAAACUUCCAUUUAAAAUCAACACUUUAUAAUCAUUGCAAAAUCCACACAGGAGAACAACCGUACAAAUGUGAGGAGUGUGGGAAGGGCUUCAACUUUCCCUCAAAACUUUUUGUCCAUAAGAGUGUCCAUACAGGAGAGAAACCCUACAAUUGUACAGAGUGUGGGAAGCACUUUAGUCGGGGUUCAUAUCUUCGGAAACAUCAGAGAGUCCACAGUGGAGAAAAGCCACUCAAAUGUGAAGAAUGUCAGCAGUAUGGGACAGGCUUCACUGGUAACCCAUAUCUUCAUAUCCAUCAGAGGGUUCACACAGGAGAAAAAACUUACAAGCGUGAAGAAUGUGGUGAGAGCUUCAUUCAGCCUUUUCUGUUUCAGGGCCAUCAGAGAGUCCACACUGCAGAGAAACCAUACAAAUGUGAUAUGUGUGGAAAGGGUUUCCGUAAGAAUUCAUAUCUUAAAACCCAUCAGAAGAGCCACAAUAUAGACAAACCUUUUAAGUGUGAGGAUUGUGGACAAGGCUUCAACUGGAGUUCAAGACUUAAGAUUCACCGGCUGGUCCAUACUGGCGAGAAACCAUAUAAGUGUGAACAAUGUGGUAAGGGCUUCAAUAGUAGAGGAGAUCUUAAAAUUCAUUAUAGAAUCCACACAGGUGAGAAACCCUAUAAAUGUGAGGAGUGUGGAAAGGACUUCAGGGUUGCUUCACAACUUAAGGCCCAUUGCACUGUCCACACUGGAGAAAAACCAUUCAGAUGUCAAGAGUGUGGAAAGCACUUUAGUAGUAGAUCAAAUCUUUACACUCAUCGUAGAAUCCACACAGGAAUAAAAUCUUAUAAUUGUGAGGAGUGUGGGUAUGGGUUCAGACAAUCUGCACAUCUUUUGACCCAUCAGAGAGUUCACAGUGGUGAAAAACCAUUCCAAUGUGAAGAGUGUGGGAAGUACUUCAGUACUAGACCAAAUCUUCAAGUUCACCAUAGAAUCCACACAGGAGAGAAACCUUACAAUUGUGAGAUGUGUGGGAAGGGCUUCAGACAGGCUGCACACCUUUUGACCCAUCAGAGAAUCCACAGGGGAGAAAAGCCCUUCAAAUGUGAAGAGUGUGGGAAGAGCUUCUGUCAAAAUUCAAACCUUCAAGCCCAUCAAAGAGUUCACAAUGAAGAAAAGCCAUUCAAAUGUGAUGAAUGUGGGAAGUGCUUCAAGUGGAGUGAGAAUCUUAACACCCAUCGGAGGGUCCACACAAAGGAGAAACCAUAUAAUUGUGUGGAAUGUGGUAAGUACUUCAGUCAUGCCUCAAGUCUUCACCAUCAUGAGCGUGUUCACACCGCAAAGAAACCAUACAAAUUUGAUGUGUGUGGUAAAGUCUUCAGUCGAUCUUCACAACUAUAA